AUGACCCGGCUGUCCGGCCUCAAGCGCUUCGCGCGUACUCAAUUGGAACGGAUAGACGUGCAGCUUCCUCUUGCAACCUGGGAGAGAGUAGCUGAUCCUGUGAAAUUGAACGCGAUCUUCACUGAAAGAGAAUGGAAAUUGGAAUCCCCGGUCGCCAAUCUGACCGAGCCUCAGCAAGACUGGAUUCACUGGUUCGCUUGCGAUCCGCUCGACGACACUAUGGUGGAAAUCUUCUUCGAAAGAUUCCAGACGGGUGUGGCCAAGGUCUGGAUCCACCUGAGAAUCCGAGGUCGUUCCCUUCGCCUGUUUCCGAAGUUCUACAAAGACAACAGCGAAGGGCACGCAUACAGCGCCGGGGGAAUUCGUUUGGAGUGUAACGCGCCGUUCAGAAGAUGGCGCGUUGCUUUCAACCUGAUGAUGGAGGAUCCUGCCGCGGGAUGCUGCACCGAAUGUCAAGCGAUAUGUCAGCCUAACUCACUGUUCUUUGAGAUAAUCAUUGAUGGCGAGCGACAUGAGGGUAUGCUGUUCGGGUCCCGUCUCAAGUUUUUCGGUAGUUCGAACAUGCUGCGAAAUGCUGAAGUACACGUCGGCUAUGCUGUGUUCACAGUACCCUCCGGUAUCGUCCUGACAGUGAACGCAUAUGAGAUGUUUUCUGAAACUCCGGAGGUCUCCAAGGCCAUCGGAACUUUCCUUGAAUCGUCCAAAACGUCCGACCUGGCUGCUCUGAAGAGCGCUUCGGAUACUUGUGUUGCCGCGAUUUCGAAAGUCGAUCUUCCCGCUCCAAUCCAUGCCCUUCUGAUUGAGAAACUUCGAGAGGUGUUCGGCUACGAUUACUUCUCGAGGAAGUUCGCCGUGAGAUCGUCGGCUGUGGGCGAGGACUCCGAAGAGAUGUCGGCGGCUGGACAAAUGACGACGUAUCUGGGAGUGAAGGGGGAAACGAAGAUUUCCUCGGCGGUGGUGAAGUGCUGGGCUUCGACAAUUCGCUCUGACCGGCGGAAGGAAUGCCAAAUGAUUGACCCUUUCCAGAGAGGGGUGGCCGAAAACAAGACAAUGAUGAGAAUUAAUGGAAUUACCAUGUUCGGCUACGAUAUACGAGAGCACGAAGCCUUCAAGAACGGUAUCGUUCAUGGAGGCUCACCCCCGGGCCUCGGUAUGCUCAGGCUUCUUGUUAACGCCUUGUGGAAUAUCGAGGAGACGGUCAGGGAGGUCCGAGAACGAGCAGAAGAACUGACCGUCGACGUCCCGGAAGAUGGGGACGCCUUGAGCCAAUUUCUGAGCAUUAUCUGUCAGCUCCCGCAAAUGGACAUAUUCCUGGAAGGGUUCAUGAAUGGUUUGAUGCCUUCUGCUGUGUAUAACAUCUUCAUUUUGAACGUGUUGAAGAAGAGUCAGGGCUUGUCGGACUUCUGCCCUGAGCUCAUGGUCCUCUUAUCGAAACUGCUGCGAUCCAACCUCGAGGUCGAAAGCGCGCUCAUCCCAACGGAGCUCACGGCACUCUCGAAUCUGCUCAGAGAAGACCCAAUGGCCGAGCGGUUCGUCUCGAUGGCUCCCGAGGAAGCGUUGGCAUGGCUUGAGGCGGACAGCGGUUCAGCCGCUGAUCAAUUCAGAGCGAUACGGUCAAAACACGCUCACCGUUGCUACAAGGAAUUCGACAUUGAGUCGAAAACCUGGGACAUCGAUCCUAUUCCUCUGGUUCAAACGCUGCAAGCCAGCGUUCGGUCACCGCAGCAGGAGGAUGCGGAAAAGGAUGAGCAUCCUUUCUCCGUGGAUCAAUUACCCAAGCGACCGUCCCUCAUGCAGCGGAAGAUCCUCAAUUUCUUAUUACCUAGAGCUAAGUACGCAGUCUACGCAAGGGAGGCUACGAAAUCCGCUCUGAUCAAGAGCAUUCACGGGGUUCGUCUAGCGAUGCGCCGCUUGGGAUUGCAACUCCAAGCCGAGGGAAGGCUACCAGAUCCGGAGCUGAUAUUCUUCUUCGAUAGCGAUGAGCUCUACAGACUAAUUACAACGAGAGAUCCCAGCCUACUUCCGAGAGCCCGCCGGAGACAGAAGAUGCAUCCCUCACUCAACAGAGAGCGAUUUCCAGUCCUCUUCUGCGGCAUGCCGAAACCCAUGGAAAUUCCGACUAUUUCUGCGGACCCGGGCGACGAAGGUUUCCGGGGCACUCCCGUGAGUCAAGGCAAGGUCGAGGGACCUGCACGAGUCAUUCUCGAUUUCGUAAGUCAGGCGCAUGAGAUCAAGAAAGGAGAAAUUCUCAUCACUCGAGCGACAGAUACAGGAUGGACUCCUUAUUUCCCGCUUCUCUCUGGAGUUGUCACCGAAGUCGGUGGUCUACUCUCUCAUGGCGCUGUGGUCGCCAGAGAGUAUGGCCUACCGGCGAUCGUCGGACUCAUCGGAAUUACUGACAUCAUCAAAUCCGGAGAAAUAGUCGUUUUAGACGCAAACAAUGGGAUACUCCACCGACCGAAGCCAGGAGACGAGGGCUUGGAUUACGAGGAGCAUGCCGCCAGGACUUCAUCUGAACCCUUCAAGGAGAAAAUCGGCGCGGCAGUCGAGGCGAGGAAGGAGACGGACUUUUCCCAGACGCCAUCGGGGGAGACGCCCCACAUCGGAUGUCAAGCUUAG